GCUUCAACCCGCCUCGACCGCAGAAUUUUGUGAGCCGCAAAAACGGGAAAAUAUUUCUCGCUGACUCUCUCCCUGAAAUCAUACCAUCUCCCGUUUCCCCGUGUGAUCCGUUGGACUCCCUCCCAGCCAACCCCUUUACAUGCGCCGCUCUGGGAACAGCUGUUCAUCGCUUGACGUUUAAACCGUCGUUUUCUGCGUUUCCCCAACCAGGACCUGGUUAUCCGAUUUUUUUAUCAUGGCCACAUCCAUGUUUCUGCAGCCUGCGCGAUUCUUCUCCAAGAAGGCCGGAAUUAAUCACGUCCUGGUGAUCGGCGGCGGGUUGAUGGGCUCCGGAAUUGCUCAAGUUACGGCGGCGGCGGGAAUGAAAGUCACACUGGUGGAUCAAUCACAGGAUAUCCUGAAAAAAUCCCUUACGGGCAUCGAGCAGAGCCUGAACAAGAUCGCCAGCAAGAAAUUCGCUGAUGAUCCCCAGAAAGGCAAGGAAUUCGUCAAGAACACCGUGUGCCAGAUUGAGACGGUAACCGAUCCGGAGCAGAAUGCACGGCAUGCUGAUCUCAUUGUGGAGGCCAUUGUGGAGCGGAUGGAGCCGAAACAAGCGCUGUUUAGUAAACUGGAUAAAGUCGCUGCCAAUCAUACAAUUUUCGCCAGCAAUACUUCUUCGCUUUCCAUUUCUGAAAUUGCCUGCGCCACUAAGCGCAAGGAUCGCUUUGGAGGACUGCAUUUCUUUAGUCCGGUGCCGAUGAUGAAGCUUGUCGAGGUGGUUAGGAUCGCCGAAACCAGCGAUGACACAUUUAAUCAACUGGCGGAUUUUUCCAAACGCGUGGGAAAAGUGCCGGUUGCUUGUAAAGAUACACCAGGUUUUAUCGUCAACCGUCUCCUGGUGCCCUACAUGAUGGAAGCCGUUCGGAUGUUGGAGCGCGGCGAUGCCAAAGCGGAAGAUAUUGACACCGCCAUGAAACUGGGCGCCGGAUAUCCAAUGGGACCGUUGGAAUUGGCGGAUUUUGUGGGAUUGGACGUGUGUAAAAUGAUUAUCGAUGGUUGGCACAAGGGCGAUCCUAAUCAGCCAUUGUUCAGCCCGGUUAAGACGCUGGAUAAGUUGGUGACGGAAGGUAAACUGGGCCGGAAAAGUGGGCAAGGAUUUUUUGAUUAUAAAGCCGCACAACAAGCCAAAAAGAAAUAAGAUUUGUCGUCAAAAAAUGAUAUAUCAAAUGAAUGUUUUUCGACUCAGCAAUAGUGUUUUCUUGCUGCCGCAAUGCAGUAUUCAUUCAUAUUUAAUUUAGGAAUUUCGCGUUGCAGAAAACGUUUUUAUCAAUUGCUUUGUCUUGUUACUUCUUCCGCAGUGUGCGGGCUGCUGGCUCGGAUUUGUUUGUUGAUAAUGCUAAAUUAAAUCAUCGUCGAUGUA